AUGAGUGGGAACAACACAGGAAUUCUAGAAUUGAAACUUCUUGGUUUUUCUGGCUCACAAGAUUUCCGCCACAUUCUCUUUUCCAUAUUCUUCCUCCCAUAUAUGGUGAUAAUAAUUGGGAAUUCAGUUAUCAUUAUUAUGGUGUGUAUGAGCUAUCAUCUCCACUUCCCCAUGUAUUUAUUCCUCAGUAACCUCUCUGCUAUGGAGAUUUUUAUCACGUCCGUUGUUAUGCCUACUAUGCUGGGGGGUUUGCUGACCACUCAAAUUCAAACAAUGUUCUUUGGUGCGUGUAUUGCUCAACUCUACCCUUUGCUGUCUGUGGGAACUUCAGAGUUUGUGUUGUUGGCAGCAAUGGCUGUAGACCGAUACAUGGCUAUCUGUCAUCCCUUGAGAUACAGUCUCAUCAUGAGAAUGAGACUGUAUGGUUAAUGCCACCAUGUCUGCCUCUGGAUGGCCAUCACAUGCUGGGUAUUUGGGUUUCUGUUCCAAAUCUGGCCCAUUGUUGCAACAUACCAACUUUACUUCUGUGGGCCCAAUGUAGUGAACCAUUUUUUCUGUGAGAGGUCAGCUGCUCAGACUUGUGGCGACAACAGAUUUCAGCAGUUCAUCCUCUUCUUGAUGGCAGCUUUCAUUCUCUUUGGCACUUUGCUCCCAAUCAUCAUCUCCUACAGCUACAUCAUUUGUACCAUCCUGAGGAUUCCUUCUGCUUCUGGUCGGAAGAAGGCCUUCUCCACCUGUGCCUCCCACUUCACUGUGGUGGUGAUAGGCUAUGGCACUUGCCUAUUUCUUUAUGUGAAGCCCAAGCCGACUCGGGCGAUGAUUUCCCUGAUGACAUCAGUGGUGACUCCAUUGCUGAACCCUUUCAUCUUCACUCUGAGGAAUGAUCAAGUCAAAGAGGUUCUCAUGGAUGGGGUAAAGCGACUGAGUCAUUUCUUAAAGAAAUAG